CGCGGACGUCUCCUCACCAAGCCGACAAUUUUCGUGUAGCCUGCAGAUAUUAAAAAUAAAACAAUGUGUCUUUAAUUAACAUGUGCUUUAUUAGUGAGUGUGUGUGACCUUCGUCGGAUGUUGACAUGUACAACGCGUCACGGCAAUUGAGAAAAUUACCGGUUUAACACACGCGAUCUCAUAAUAAGAUGUUAAUGAAACAACAUUGAAUGGAACAGUUGUUUUUGUAACGAUAGAGCGAAGGCACGGAAUAAAGAUGUGAUUUCAAAAAAAAAAACCAGUGAAAUGAAAAAUACCGCCGAAAAAUACCGGUUUAGCGAGAGGCGGAAGUGCGCACGAUGACGUCACAAAUCCGGUUAAAUGACUGUAUAAAGUAAAUCUUGUGUUUAAUUGUGUUUAGCUUCUUUGUGUGUCGCGGUUUGCGCGUGUGUGCGUUUAGAAAAAUUUUAUAAUUUUUUUGCGAGUUUCCUUUUUUUGACCGGUUAAUUUUUAUUUUGAUAGCCGGUUAUUUUCUUUCGUCCGUAAAGCAAUAAUAGUUAAGGUUCGUAAUGCAAUAAUAUUCUAACUCGUAGUCGUAUUGUACAUUAAUAAUUAGAAUCGCGUAGUGUCGUUUACUGUAAAGUCGCUAAAACUCAGAGUUCGGUAAAACGGGUAAAGUAAUUUAAUGUAAAUAGUCGAUAUUAUAUAGGCGAUUCCGUUCUUGUAAGAGAUAGGUUUGGUUGAUCCGGUUUUUUUUUUUCGAUACGGACCAAAAAACCGGUAAACGGCGAAAACAAAAGAAUAAACCGGUAAAAUCGAAAAAUGGUGUCCAAUACCACGGUGCUCACCAGGACUACCAUGACCACACUCUUGAAUGGCACAUUAGGGCUGAACUCAACGUACUUGGUCCCCACGUAUAUGAGCCCUGAAGAGUUUUUGGCGCUGCAGAUGACAAACACCUCAGACGCUAACACGACCUUGAACGAAACGCAAGUAAACGUUGUCUUGAAGACGUGGUAUCCAAGUGGCUAUUCGCCGGCGCACAUCAUCAUAGCCUCAGUCGUAGUAACAGUGUUAAUGAUAAUGGUAGUCGUUGGCAAUAUGCUUGUUAUAAUUGCUAUUGUAACAGAGAAAGCAUUGAAAAACAUCCAGAACUGGUUUAUCGCGUCGUUAGCGGUAUCGGACUUCUUUCUCGGGCUGGUGAUAAUGCCGUUUUCGUUGGCGAACGAACUGAUGGGAUACUGGAUUUUCGGGUUCUGGUGGUGCGAGAUACAUUCGGCAAUGGACGUGUUGCUUUGCACCGCGUCAAUCAUGAACCUGUGCCUCAUUUCGUUGGAUCGCUACUGGAGUAUAACUCAGGCAGUGGACUACUUGAAGAAAAGAACACCAGCGAGGGCAGCGCUGAUGAUAGCAGCGGUUUGGCUAAUGAGUGCACUGGUGUGCAUUCCUCCACUCCUCGGUUGGAGAGUCAGCAGGCCACUAGAGCAGUUUCCACAAUGCAAGGUCUCAGAUGACAUCGGCUACGUGGUCUACUCAGCGCUGGGUAGCUUCUACAUACCGUCCUGCAUUAUGGUGUUUGUCUACAUCAGGAUAUACUACGCAGCGAAGGCCAGAGCGAGACGGGGCAUCAGAAAAAAUCCUCGACCGAGACCUAAUGAUCAGCAGACGAGUUUCAGUAGCGCUCCGAAGGGGACGCGGCCAAUGCCCACGACGCAUCCCAUGCCACAGUGCCAUCUAAGCACGAACAAUAACGGAGAGAGUCAGAUCUCGACCAUCGAAGCGCCCCAAGUGCAAAUACCUACGGUCACGUGCGAGCUGGCUUCUGAUAUAUCGACGAGCGAAGCAGGAGACGCAGCUCCACCUCCUCCUGACGAGAGAAAGGACACCUUGAAGGUAGUAACAUCAGCUCAAGUAACAAAAAAUCCACUCGCGUCCUGCCCACAUAGGAGUUCGACGCUAUCAGUGAACGGAGAACUGGCUCUGCAGCAGGCGAGGUGUAGAGCGCCCAGUGUCGCCAUCGACGCCGACAUGGUCUCCGAGAUGGAGCCCUCAUCAUCAGACUCAGGGGUCGUCAGUCGCUGCGGAGGCGUCAAACCAUUAAAGCUUCGUAUCUUCAAAAAGACCGAUAGAAGACAAGAAAAAUCUCAACCUCACAAAUCAGAAUUAGAACCAGCAUUACCCAAGCCGCACAAACCUCGUGACCCAGAAAGAGAAAAGAAAAGACUGGCCAGAAAAAAAGAGAAACGAGCCACUCUGAUCUUAGGUUUAAUUAUGGGCAGUUUCAUAGCUUGUUGGCUGCCAUUUUUCUUCCUCUACAUCUUAAAAGCCGCCUGCAGAAUCUGCGUGAUACCAUCAAGUGCUUUCGCCAUAGCGUUUUGGUUGGGGUACAUGAACUCGGUACUAAAUCCGGUCAUCUACACGAUCUUCAACAAGGAUUUUAGGCGCGCGUUUCGGAGGAUACUGUUCAAGUGAUGUUUGGCCUACCUGUGUUGCUACAGAUGUGUCGCCAACAGGAUAAUGUUGGCCCAGCAGCGAGCAACACCGGGUCUUUACAACGUGCGUUGAUGGUUUAAUUAAUUUCAGGACUAUAAAAGUGAUUUUAGGGGUGUCUGACCCUGGCCGGACCAUUUCUGUUUUCAACUAGAGCUUAUUUCUACAUGCCGCAUUGUAAUUGUAUAGCUCUCGGUGGAACCCGAGUUCGCCCGUCUAUCGGAAGAUAUUUUAACAUUUUUCUCUGAUACAAAAUUAAAAUUCACAGAGCAAUGGAUUUGUCAAUGUUGGACAAACACACAUCCAUUGCUGCGUGAAAGAACGAAAUUAUGAAUUUAAUUCACUAAUAUCGGGUACUAGCUACUAGGUACUAGUUGUACCAGGUAUUACUACUGGGUACUAGUACUAGGCACAUCUAGCACGUGCAGUUUUAGAUCCUGUAUUUAUUUUACAACUACUUCAAUUAUAAAUUUGUUUUUUUGUAGAUGAUCUUAGUUAAUAUGAUUCGAUUUCCAAAGAAGUU